GCAGAAAAGCAAUUUUAAACAGAUUUUUCUCCUUUAUUUCACCCCCCCUCGCUGAAAGGCGGGCUAACACCGGUCACGUGACCGCGCCCAACUCCGGGCGGAAGAGGAACGCUGGGCCCUUAGGAAGCGCUCCAAGAUGCGCGUGGGCGGGCGUUCGCGCCCGGUUGUAAGAUGGCUGCUGCCGCCCAGCAGCCACCGCCCCGGAGGUUUCUUUAGAGCCUGAGGCUUCCGCGCAUUCCCGCUUACGACCGCAGCCUCCUUACCAUGAAGCCAGUGAGUCGCCGCACCCUGGACUGGAUUUAUUCAGUGUUGCUGCUUGCAGUCGUUUUACUCUCCUGGGGAUAUGUCAUCUAUGCCUCAACAGUAGCUGCUCAACGACAGCUAAGGAAAGAAUACCCAGACAAAAUCUUCGGGAUGAAUGAAAACUUGUAGUUCUUUUGGAUUUAAUUAUCUGCAAUACAAUUCUUUUCUUCAUGCUUAUCUGACACCUAUGUAGAUUUAAAAGUAAAAUCCACACUUCCCACCAGAUUUAUUUUUGUAUAGUUCUUUAUAAUAAGCACAAACAGGAUAAUUUUUCAAAUAGAUCUUAUAGCUUUUGAGUGUCAGACCAGAGAUUGUCAGGAUGGGCAAGGGUGCAACAUCUGCAUUCGAGGGGAGAAAUAAAGAAUGUCCAUGCA